AUGAAAUUUUUGGUGGCAGCCUGUAGAGUAAGUGGAGUACUUUACACUCUUAUAGCCAUUACGGGAUGUGCUUGCUUAUAUUCUUGCUUCUAUCGUUCAAAGUUGAGAAGGCAAUACAAGCUGCCGGAGAGUCCAAGUGCAGAUUGUUGCGUUCAUUUCUGUUGUGAAUGUUGUGCCUUGUGCCAAGAGCAUCGUGAGCUUAAAAAUCGCGGAUUCGAUAUGCCUAUUGGAUGGCAUGGAAAUAUGGAGAGACAGAAUCCUGGAAUUACAGUGCCACCAAACUUACGAGGAGGAAUGAAUAGAUAA